CCUAUUGCUGAACAACAUUUUUUUUUUGUUUCAGUGAUGGCUCAACGGCAACCAAAAAUACCACCUCACAUUAACAUUCGAAAACCUCGUUCACCUCCUGAGGGGCAGUUUUGUUUGUACAGUCAUCGUACAUGUACACACAACAAACUGCCAGGGUACGACUUCUGCAGCAAGCAUAUCCUAGAAGAUAAAAAUGCUCCAUUUAAGCAGUGCGAGUUCAACUCGGCCAAAAACGGGAAAAGAUGUGGAAGUGCAGCAACAAAGUCUGACAAGAAAGGGGUUCAUAGAUAUUGCAUGGAACAUGCAAGGAAAGCCAUAAUUCUACGACAGAAAGCCCAUCACAAGCGCAGGCCAGUAGAAACUGCUGAUAGUCUUCUGGAGGAUUUGGAUCACUAUAAACUGGUAACUGGACCUGAUGGAGUACUAGAACAUCAGAGACAACACUCUAUAGGGGACAACAUAGCCAACAAGGCCCUGGAUUAUGCGAGCUCCAGUGACUCUGAUCUGGAGUCCCCCCUAGUGGACCAGGCCUGGAGGGGGGAUGGGGACAGUGAUGCCGAGAGUAUAGACAGUGACCAGGAGGAUCUACUCAAACAUGCUGGAGUUUACACAGCAGAGGAGGUGGCCCUCAUCAUGAGAGACAAACUUAUCCGUCUUCAGUCCCUGUAUAUUGAUCAGUUCAAGAGGCUUCAGCACGUAAUGAAGGAGAAGCGGAGGAAAUAUCUCCAGACAAAUAAGCAGGAAAGGGAGGCACUGGGAAGUAUAAAGUAUUACAAGAACAAAGUACAUUCCCGAGAUAAGUACAGCCAGCUCAAGGGGCUGAAGCGAUAUCACAAGAGACAUGGGAAGGAGGCCCUAUUACAUAGACAGUCCAAACAGAGACGGAUAGCAGUAUCUGAGGGGUACCAUUACAGACCUCCAGCUUAUCCAAGAUGUAUCUUCAUAAAUGAAAAUUCAGCCAAAUGUUCCGAGAGAGCCAUUCCAUUGUCCAAAUACUGCAAAAAACACAUUGGAGAAGACCAAUACCAAGUUUUGUUCCGGGCCUGUCAGUUUGGGGGAGGGGCCUGUGGAAAGCAGGUGUUCAGUUUAGACGAGUGCUGCACGUGUCCAACACAUCUACCCCUAAAAAACCAGGAAACCAGGGUGUCCUUGAAGAUUGAGGAGAAUGCAGACUCAGUGGAAAUGAAGUCUACAGAGUUAACAAAGGAAGCCCUGGACUUGCUACUUCCUCAACUGGACUUUUCUGCUCAAGAAAUCAUGAGUAGACAGCUUCUGUCAGAAAAUCCAGAAAUGCCAGACUCCAUAUUCUCCAUCACAGAAGCAGACAAUCAUGAAUCCAUGGACACAAGUGACCAAUCAAAUCUCCCGGUGGAUUCAAGUGAAAGGAUGUUUCUCAGUGAAGAGAAAUCCGAAUUAUCAGUUGGUGCAGAGGAUGGGUUAAAUUCAGACCAGAAAUUUGGACCUCUUCUUCUGCAGCAGUUACAAGGAACAUUUGAAUUUUCUCACAGCAGGAGUAGUAGUAAGAAUUCGGAGGCUGCGGCAUCACAGAGCUCGGCAUCGACUGAGACUGCAUCGGAGUCGGCGCGGGAAAGAAAGGACUCGGAUGUCACUGACAAUGAAGAAGACUGUAAACUGACAGAAGUGACUGAUGUCUGUUAAAUAUGUAAAGUUUUUGUCUAUGCUUGAUUAAAUGUCAAAAUAAGA